AUGCCCUCCACAACCCUAAACAACAAAUCCAUCUUCUACACAAUAACACCCCAAACCUCCCAUCUCGACAAACUCAACACCACGCUCUUAAUCCACGGCCUAGGAUCCUCCUCCAAUUUCUACCACACCAUCAUCCCGGAACUCAGCACCAAAUCAACAUGCAUCGCCUUCGACACACCCGGAUCCGGACUCUCUAGUCUAGCUAUGGACGGCUCGCCCCAAACGGUAGCAUCGAUAGUUGAGGAUGCGGUUGCGCUUCUAGAUGCACUUUUGGGGACAGCGGUUAUGGUGACGGAAAGGGAAAAGGAAAGGGAAAAGGUUUGGGUGGUGGGUCAUUCGAUGGGUGGGAUGAUCGCUUGUGAAUUGGCGGUUAGAUAUGCGCAGCGUGUUAAGGGAUUGAUUUUGCUGGGUCCGAUUACUCCUUCGGUUUCUCUGGCUGAAGUCUUCGAAGGAGUAGAACCCCUAGCCGAUUCCAUCCCGUUCAGCGCCACAGGAUCCAUUGCAACAUCCCUCCACCAUGCAUUCAUUCGGAACCUAAUCCUCGGCACAACAAGCGCCGGUUACCUAUCAUUAAGUCACGUUAUAGUUUCCGCUCACAAACCCGAAUACGCCAAGAUUAAAGUACCCCUUAUUAUACUCGCCGGCAGCGAUGAUAAAACGGCUCCGUAUGUCGGCUGUGAAGAAAUUCUUGAUAGUGUUGGUGCGGCGACGGAGAAGAAGUUUAUUCAUGUUAUUCCGGGGGUGGGUCACUGGCAUGCGGUUGAAGCGCCGGAGGUGGUGGCGAGGGAGAUUUUGGACUUUGUUGAUCUCAUUCACCGUGAUGGGACGACAGUGAGUUUGUAG